AUGAUAGAGCCAAUUGUACAUUUCAGCAAACGACUGAGACUGAUUUGGGCAUUACUUCUCUUUCACAUCACACUGAUCUCAGCAAUCAAGUUUGGAUCUUUAGGUGACGAACCAAGCGAAAGGGACAACAAUUACAUCAAAAUGAGCGACAAGACACUACUCUGGGGACCUUACAGGCCAAAUGUUUACGUUGGAAUGAGGCCACGUGUGCCUAAAGGAGUGAUGAUGGGUCUAUCAUGGUUUGGAGCCAACGACUAUCGCCAGAUUAGAGAGGUGAGACACCAGUGCGUUAUUGAGGAUGAUAUGGGCAAAUUCGGGUGGACGGAGUAUGAUCCGCGCUUGGGAGGCAAGGGUGUGAUCGAGGACAAGAAUUUGGAUCUCACAAUGAACAUUAAGCUUGUCAAAGGAGGAGGUGGAGAGAAUUGGGCACUUCAGAUACAUGGAGUGCCAAAAGACCCAAUGGCGAUCAAUACAUUGAUGCUUUACACCGGAGUGGAAGGAAAGAACGAUGCCAUGAUGCUCAAGACUGCGAAGAAGUCUGCCGAGUUUGUUGAAGGCCACGAUCUGGAGCUUGUUGGAAACUGCGAGUCUUUGGGUGGAGUUUUUCUGAUGGAUGUCAAAGAGUCCGGCAAGAACAUCAACAAGCACCUGGUGUUGCCCAAGCUCAAGGACCAGAGACGGGACCCGUCCAGAACGCAUCACGUGUCAUUGGUGGUGCCAUACGAGAACAUGUGGAAGGCCAAGGACAUUUUCCAGGUUCUCCUUGAGGAGAAUACGCGGUCUCUUGAGAAUAUCACCCAAUUGCGAGAGAUACACCCUGCGGAGAUAUCGCAGCUUGUGAACCCGGGAAUGGAGGGUGGAAACAUGCAUUUGGUUGAGAAGACGUUUGUGGGCUCGUUCGAGAUCUCUGUUAUAUUCAAUAUGAUGGACACGAAUGACCCAAUCAGGGUUGAGGAUAUCGACAGGAGAAGCGAGGCAGUCAGUAAGGCUAUCAGGGAGAAGUUUGCAGCCAAGAUGCAGCUCUCGAAGCCGUUCAACAACGGCGAAUAUGCAGAAUUUGGUGAGGAGUUCCUAUCGCAACUCAUGGGCGGAAUCGGGUACUUCUACGGAAAUCAGAUGGUUGACAGGAAGGCCAACCUUGAUGAGCCCGGAGUAGCUUUAAAGGGCAAGCCCGAGGGUCCGUACAGUUUGUUCAGUUGCGUUCCUAGCAGAACAUUCUUCCCGCGUGGCUUUUACUGGGAUGAGGGCUUUCAGCUCAUUCCCGUUUUGAACUACGACCCAGAUCUUGCUCUGGAGAUCUUGAAGAGCUGGUUUUCGCUCAUAGACAGUGACGGAUGGAUUGCUAGGGAGCAGAUACUUGGUCCGGAGGCCAGAUCGAGGGUUCCAAAGGAGUAUGUGGUGCAGAAUCCAAACAUUGCAAACCCUCCAACGAUGAUGAUGCUCUUCAGCGAGAUUCUUGACUUGGCAAACAGCCAGCAGGGGUCCGGAAUAGGCUUAUCUGGUGCCGGAUUUGGGGCCAAGCAGGCUGCCUUGGGGAAAGAGAACCCUGAGCUUGAAGAGAUAGGAGCAAACUCGGUAGGAGCAGAUUCGCAAGUUUCCAUGGGUGACGUGUACCUGAAGGAUACAGAACUCUUGGGAAAAUACGCGAGAGAGAUCUACCCAAAGCUCCAGAGACACUAUGAGUGGUUUAGAAGAACACAGAAGGCAGAAACAGACGAGAUCGGCAAGAACUGCAAGCAUAAAGAGGAACUUUACAGGUGGAAGGGGAGAAGUGAGGACCACUGCCUUCCAAGUGGCCUAGACGACUACCCAAGAUGCCCUAUGGAUUCGCCCGAGAUGGAUGUGGACUUGAUGUCGUGGAUGGCAGUGAUGGCCAGGUCAAUAAGCUCGAUUGCAAAGUUAUUGGGCCGCACGGAGGAUUUCCACAAAUACACAAAACAGCUUAAUGACAUCUGCGAGAACAUCGAGGACUGCUUCUGGUCUCCUCAGAACGAGAGCUAUGCUGAUUUGACGCUGGAUGAUGACGAUGAGGAAACGUUUGAGUGCCGGCAGGGUUACGUCACCCUUAUGCCGUUUGUCCACAGGCUCAUUCCGGCAAGCUCGUCGCAUCUUUUGAAAGUCAUCAAAGAUAUUCGCAAUCCGGACAAACUGUGGAGCCCAUACGGCAUCCGGUCACUUUCCAAAGACGACGUCGAUUUCCAUACAGGCGAGGACUACUGGAGGGGACACAUUUGGAUCAACAUCAACUACCUCGUGUUGGAUGCACUAAGGUACUACGGACAACAUCCGGACACCAGUAAGGAGGUAAAAACCCUUGCAUCCGAAGUGUACGUGGAGCUCCGCAAGAAUAUCGUUCAGAAUGUUUACAACGAGUACGAGCGGACCGGAAAUGCCUGGGAGCAGUAUAAUGAGAAAACGGGCCGGGGACAGAGGACGAGACAUUUCUUGGGCUGGACAUCUUUGGUGGUGAUGAUGUUGAAGAUGCCUGCAGAGAUCUGA